AUGAUAGCUUCCUCAUCACUUUCAGAGGUAGAUAGCGAAAAGGAGGAUCAGGUAAGUCCUAUGCUUGGCUCAAGACUUCAUGGCAAAUCUUUUGCUCUCAGCCCAGUGCUUUGUCAGCCUUCUGUCCUUAGUCAUGGGAGCCGUGGAAGAUGUGGUAGUUUCCCCUUAAAUUUGCCCAGCAAUAACUCUCCUGAAAAAUCUCCCCGAAAAUGUAAUUUUUUAUUUAGCAACAAUAUCCCGCCCCCAAAACGCAAUCAGGAACUACAGUAGCUUUUCCAUAAUUGGUACAAUCAACGGAAUUACCAAAAAUCAUAACCAAGAUGACUAUUUAAUUAUGCCCCAAUUUUGUGACAGAGACACCAGACACUUAUUCGGAGUUUUCGACGGAAAUGGCGAGUUCGGGCAUAUGGUUUCUUCAUACAUAAAAGAAAAAUUGCCCUAUAACUUAGAAGUAAUUUUGGAUACCGAAACAAACAUGUCAAACGCCUUAAAACAAGCAUUUUUACAGACAAAUGAAGAGCUUUUACAGCUGGAAAACGUAAAUUUUAACUCCUCAGGGAGCACCGGGAUCAUUGUGCUAUUAGAAGGAAAUAGCUUGUUUUGUGCAUAUUUAGGGGAUUCUAAAGCAAUUUUAGGCAGAAAAGAAGGAAAUAAAAUAAAGCCAAUACAAAUGACGAGGGAGCAUAAGCCAAGCUUACCAGAAGAAAAAAGCAGAAUUGAGUCCUGUGGGGGCAGAGUAGAACCGAUUUUAGAUGAAAAUGGGAACAGAAAUGGGCAGGAUAGGGUAUGAUUUAAAUACGAAAAAUUCCCAGGACUUGCUUUUUCAAGAAAUUUCGGCCAUAAAGCUUCAACGAGGAUUGGGAUUGUAGCAGAACCGGAAGUGUAUGUCUAUGAACUUGAUGUAGAGGAUGAGUAUAUUAUUAUAGGCACCGAUGGGCUUUGGGAGUUUAUACCGAAUGACGAAGCAUUGCAAUUAAUGCAAAAUUUUAUAAGCUCAAGUGAGCUCGAAAAAUCAGCCGAGAAUUUGUGCUUUGAAUCGUAUAGGAGAUGGAAAGCAAACACGAGUCAUUCUGAUGAUAUCACCGCAGUUAUUUUGGAUAUUUCAGCGAAGUAG